GGCGAGGUCAUAUUAAAAAACCACUAUGUGGACGAUUUGUUAGACAGCUUUCGAACAGAACAGGAAGCAGUUGAUUCCUGUACAAGUUGUAAAGUACAAGUUUUAAAUCAAAUUGGAGAGUUCUCAAACGACGCUCCCAAAGAUUUGACUUUAGACCGCGAAAGUGUGGCGGAGUCUGUUCUCGGAAUGCGAUGGAUUCCAUCGGAGGAUUGUUUUACCUACACGUUCAACCCUCGGAAAGAUUUGCUGCCAGUAAUCCAAGACGAUCAUAUUCCGACAAAACGCGAGAUACUGAAGAUUCUCAUACAGGAUUGUUGGACGACCGGAAUGGCAUGGGACGAGCCAGUAAACGAAGAACUUUUCGGGCGCUGGAAACGUUGGACCAGUUUCUUUUCUCUACUGAACACAAUCCGGAUCCCAGGUUGUUAUAUUCGCACUUCUUCGGAAGAAAAUCAAAAUUUACAGAUUCAUGUUUUUGUGGAUGCCAGCGAAAUGGCGUACUGCUGCGUUAUCUAUUUCCGACUGGAAAUAAACGGAAAUGUUGAGGUUUCGUUAGUGGCCUCUAAGACAAAAGUUGCCCCGCUCAAAACCCUCUCUAUACCAAAACUCGAGUUGAAGGCAGCAGUGCUAGGGGUGCGUCUCAUGAACACCGUUAUUAGUUCUCACACCCUGACUUUUUCGCGACGUUACCUUUGGAGCGAUUCGACCACCGUAUUAGCCUGGAUCCAAUCGGAACAUCGUCGGUAUCCAAAAUUUGUGGCUGUUCGAAUUGGAGAAAUCCUUAUGACAAGUGAACAACAAGAAUGGAAGUGGGUCCCUACUAAGCUCAACACAGCCGACGAAGGUACUAAAUGGAAAUCCGAGCCAAACUUUCGCUCCGACAGCCCGUGGUUUCGAGGUCCCAACUUCCUUCAUGAAGCAGCAAACUAUUGGCCUGAGCAGAGGCGAUUUACAACUACACUAGAGGAAGUAUGCCCAUCGUUUGUAUACACACCUGCGGCACCAUCACUUAAAGUGAGCAGCUUCAGUUGCUGGGUGGAACUCAAUCGAACUGUGGCCCACGCUAUCCGAUUCAUUAGAAAUCUUCGUCGAAAACGAAAUAGUAUGCCUCUAGAACUUGACGUGCUUCAACAAGAAGAGCUUAAUGAAGCAGAGCAAACAUUGUGGAAAAUUGUGCAAGCAGAAUCCUUCCCUUCAGAGAUUUCUAUCCUCAAAAAACUCAAGGGUCGCCAGAUUCACGACACGCAGUCGUGCCAAAAUCAAGCCCGAUCUACAAAACAUGGCCCUUCCUCGACGAAAAUGGUGUGUUGCGUAAACGCGGUAGAAUAGAUGUCGUUCCAUUCAUCUCCUUUGAUACUAAAUUUCCAAUCAUUCUUCCAAGGAGCAUUCAAUAGUAUUUUUGCUUGUGGACUGGUACCAUCGCCAAUUUCGACACGCAAAUUGAGAAACCGUAGUAAACGAAAUGCGGCAACGUUUCGAAAUACUCAAGCUCCGAGCUCUUAUUAAAGAGGUGACAUCCAAGUGUAUCUGGUGCCGGAUACAAAGAGCCUCUCCAAGACCUCCUCCAAUGGCCCCCCUACCAUCCGCUCGACUAACACCCUUCAUCAAACCUUUUACAUCUGUCGGUGUGGACUAUUUCGGUCUAGUAUACGUGAAAGUUGGAAGAAAUAGGGUAAAGCGGUGGGUGGCUCUAUUCUCCUGCAUGACGAUCCGUGCUGUGCACUUAGAAGUGGUUCACAGCUUAUCGACGGAAUCAUGCAUAAUGGCUGUUCGACGCUUCGUCGCGCGUCGUGGACCUCCAGCUGAGUUCUACUCAGAUAAUGGGACUUGUUUUUCAGGAGCAAGUGGUGUACUGCAACGGGAACUAAAUGAUCGAAAUCAAACCUUGGCUAGAACCUUCACGAGUGCUCAGACGAGUUGGAAAUUUAUUCCACCGGCCACACCUCACAUGGGAGGCGUUUGGGAGCGGCUUGUGCGAUCCGUAAAGGCAGCUGUAGGAACCCUCUUGGAUGCCCCACGAGUUUCCGAUGACGAAACACUCCUCACUAUAAUGUAUGAAGCAGAAGCUAUGAUAAACUGCAGACCUUUAACUUACAUACCGCUCGAAUCAGCUGAUCAAGAAGCACUCACUCCGAACCAUUUUUUGCUGGGCUCCUCGAGUGGUGGCAAGAUUCUCCCAACGGAACCCAUAAAAAGUACCGCAACCUUGCGUAGCAGCUGGAAAUUGGCACAACACUUAUGUCAGGAGUUUUGGCGGCGUUGGAUCCGAGAAUAUUUACCAGUAAUAAAUCGCAGAUGCAAAUGGUUCAACGAAGUUAAAGACAUCGAGAUAGGUAAUUUGGUUUUGGUGGUUUGUGGUACAACAAGAAGACAAUGGAUCAGAGGACGUGUAUUGGACGUAAUGCGCGGUCGUGACGGCCGUGUACGACAAGCUUUGGUACAAACGGCUACAGGGGUGAUAAAGCGGGCAGCGGUAAAUUUGGCGGUUCUGGACGUCGGUACAAAUUGUAAAUCCGAUCCAAGGCACUCCGAAAGGCCUGACCUACACCGGGAUUUACUGGCGGGGGAUUGUGACGGCGAAACCCCUCGAUGCAGUGAUACCGCAAACGCAGUUCUUUGCGACCGCCAGAAUUAACGCUUGACAUCGUUCUACAUCCGUCGAUGAGAAUCAUUGCGGAAAGAACACAUAGCUCGGUAGACGUAUGAAGUGCACGCUCCAAGUGAAGUUAUAAAAGUCUUUAAGUAAAAUUAUUAAAAUUCAAUUAUUUUAUUACAAUUAUAUUUCGAUUGCCGAGUCAAUUAUUAAAUUCACCAGUGAAAUAUUCAGUUCUGAUUAGAAUAUUAAAAUGUAAGUUCGAUUGAAUUUAACCUAAAAUGCAAAUGUAUUAAUAAGUAAUUCUCCUCAUGAUAGUGGCCAAUGUCGGUGACUCGUGUUACGACACCUUCAAUUUAUAAGCAGAGUACACCAAAUUAUUGUAAGUGCUUUUAAUAUCAUGCAUACAUCCCGAAUAAUAAAAAUAACUGCCUUUCAGUUGAAGUUAAUCAAACCAA